AUGGCACCUAAUGUUAGGAAGGAGAGGAUGCCGCCAGAGCAUCUUAGAAGAAUAAUAAAGGUUUCAAGAGACAUGCAUCCCUCUUUUAUGGGGGCAAUGAGGUAUGUGCCGUAUGCUCUCCACAACCUCAUGAGAUCGAUGCCCAUGCCUUGGGAGUCUAUCAGAUAUGUGGAUGUUCUAUACCACGUCUCUGGUCUAAUUACCUUUGUCAAUGAGAAGAGAAGAGUGGACGUGAAGGAGCAUAGAAUGAGAUGGAGCCAUGCAAGUGCAAGGUUCUCAUCUGAGAUGAAGAAAAGAGGGUUUGUACGUGUUCUAAGAUAUCCUGUGUUUGAUGACGAUGAUCCUGUGGUAGAUUACGGAAGCAUAAUGGGUCUUCCUGUUCCGGCUGCCAUUGGGGACGAAGGGAAGGAAUGGAGGGAUGUUUUUGAAGAUGUGGAUGAAAAGUAUAUGUUUAAUUGCAAGGCAUUCUUAAUAAGUAGGCACGUUGGAGCACAGAUUGAGAAUGGGCCUUAUGUUGCUGAAAGCAGCUCUGGAGUGAGUGUGAUGGAAAGAGAUGUGGGGAGUGAAAGAAUAGCUUAUCCUUACCUCUAUAACAGGAGCACAAGAAUACAGGUUCUAGAGAAAGCUCAUUUAGGACUCCGGAGUUCGUUUGGAAGUGAAGAUGGAAAGGGUGGGACUCAAAGGAAGGAAAAACAUCCUGUAGACAUUCCAUUGUUAAAGGGAUAUUGUUUUCAAGAACGACCGGGUGGCGAGCCCAAGGUUAGGAAUCUUCUUAGAAACUAUACAAGAAACAUAGAGAGGAAGAGAAAAAGAAGGCCUUCUACACGUAUUCUUAAGGAGUUAAAGAAUACAAGGUACUUCCAAAGGACAGAAAUAGAUUGGGUUGAAGCAGGGCUCCAACUAGUAUACCAAGGGCACAGGAUGCUUAGCGAGAUUCUGAGAAGGAAAAAGCUCAGCUACCUUGUCCUUGACUGGAAUUUCAAUCUGAAGCCCAUUAGACAGCUGACAACAAAAGAAAGAAAGAAAUCUAGGGUUGGUACGUCUUACCAUCUAACGAGGGAAAUGCUUAAGUUUGUUAAGCAUCUUGUGGAUAUCCAUGUUCUGUUCAGGCAAGGAAAUAUAGACUGUUAUGAGCUGAUGGGCAAUGUAGACCAUGUGUUUAAUAAUGUAGGGGUUAUCACUGGGAUAUACCGAUAUAAAUACAAGGUUAUGAGGCAAAUCAAGCAAUGCAAGUCAUGGAAGAGGCUUUCCAGCUAUGUAAAGAUUGAAGGAUGGGGAGAGCAGUGGAGGACAUGGUGUUUUAUGUUUAGAGGGCAUAUUCCGUUGCUUGGAAGAUACAUCUCUGGGCUGGUCACAAGGAUAGCUGAAGGAAGGGAUUACAAUCCAAAGCCUCUAUCAAGGCAGAGAAGUGAAAGUGGAUAUGACAUUGCAUUGAAGAGGCAGAUUGUGGAAGAGGUUUCAUCGGUUCUUCAUCAUUCACAAGUAAAAAGGCUGCUCCAGCACUUUGGUGAGGCAUGGAGGUGUUGGAAAGCAAAUGUGCCUUACCACAUUGUACACGAGCAUAUUAUGGAGAUAAGCACGAAAAGAGAUGUUUCGACAUCGCUUGAGAAGGAAGGCAUUAAAGAGACCUCUGGGGGUAUUGGCCCGAAUUUGGAAAGCCUUAAGUCUACGAUUGAGGUUAUCAAGAAAGGGGAGGGGAAUGCAGCGAUAUCUUCUUCCCAGAGCCUGGUUACGUUUUCAGAUAGGUUUGUAUCUGAGUUGGAGAUGAUAGGGAAUGAGGUUGGAGUCAGGCAUCAGAAAGAGCUUUUUGAAUUACAAGAGAUAAUAGAUAAGUAUAUUCGUCUGAAAUCUGAAUGGUAUAUUGAAAGUGCCACUAAUAUGGAAAAGAAGAGCAAAAAAGAAGAGAAGAAGCGGCUUGGGAAGAUUUCAAGACUUUACAUGAAGGAAAGAAUGGCUGAGCAGGUGGAGUAUCUAGGAAGCCCAUUUCUUAAUCCUUCUGAGGCCGUUGCUAUUUACAGGUUAUCGGCAGAGUAUUUCCGGAGCAAGGAGAUUGGAAAGAUAACAUUUCCUGAGAAGAAUGAAGAGAAAUUCUUAAGUAUUGCUGUGGACAGGCUCAAGAAGAAUGCAACGCCCGAGGAGUCUGAUUUUUUUGAUAAGGCAUUGGAAGAUUCAGCGGGCACCAUUUUCAAGAUAAAGAAAUCACUUCUUACACAACGGUCGUUUAAAGAGGUUGGAGUUGUUUUGAAGAGAUAUGGAGACGGAGGUGCCGAAUGUUACAGCGUCUCGUAUAUGGAAAGGCUUGUGGAUGCAUUUCUUUGUGCAUAUUUGUUCCAUGAGUCCGAUAGGCUUAACAUCUUCCCUGAAUUCAUCAAGCCUGGGGAUGAGAUAGAUAUAAAGGCACUUCUGGACUUCUGCGAAAGGAUAUCCUCAUUUAAACCAAGUGGAUCUGAAAGAUUCUUUCUUUACGAAGGAAGAUAUGAAGGGAUCAUGAGGAUGGCUGAUAACAACCUUCUCUCGAAGCUGUUUAAGCUUAUUCUGGACCCUACUUUAGCAGACUACAUUAUAAGCAGAAAUAAUUGCCAGGUGUUUUACAAGGACAUGGCAUAUACAAACCAUGUUGGAUUUAUCAAGGGAUUCCAACUCUCACCGUUUGUAUAUAAGUUUUAUUCGUUUAUUAUUGACCUGUGUGUACUGGGCGAGGAUAUUUUCAUGGAUGAUAGGAGUAAUAUAAAGAUGUACUUCAGACAUAUGGACGACAUCUACAUUCUGCUGAAGCUUAAAAGAGAAGAAGAGGACACCUUGGUUGAAGACUAUGGUAUUGGAAGUGAAGGGAUGGAAGAGAUUGUGAAGGGACGAAGAAGGAAUUAUUUUGAUGAUGUAUCCAGAGGUUUUGAUGACGAAAGACAGGUUUCAUUUUUCAGAGAUGAUGGAAAUGAAAGACACCGAAUUCUAGAGAAAUGUAUCCACGCUGAGAUUGCAACAAGGCUAUUGCCUUCUCUGGGAAAGAUUAAGUUCAAAGGAUGCAAUGCAUUUCCAUUCAUCAAGUUUUCGAUGACUGGGAUUGAUGUACUUAUUUCAUCGGAUAGGAUCCAUGAAAGAAGCUCAUGGAAGCUAUCGAAUGGGAUGUAUGCAAGCCUAGCUGUGAGUGAGGAAGGCAUAGAGAUGUUUGAAAGCAAUAUAUCACAUAUUGUGAGCACUAGUGGGUCUGCAACCUUUCUUAAGGUAGCAACAAGGUGGAAUACACAGAUUCUUGCAUUUGUAGGGUAUUACAGGGAGUGCAUCCACGAUACUAAGGGGCUGGGUGAGAGGCUUAGAAGAUCGGAAGGAUUGAUCCAGAAUGUGAUAAAGAAAGGAAUAAACUCGAAGAUGCCUGUAAGGUUUCCUCCUGUUAUGUUUUAUGCGCCUAAGGAGAUGGGGGGACUAGGGAUGCUAAGUGUUGGAGGAGCAAGGGUUUUCCGAGAUGACCUGAAUGAUUCUGAAGAGGAGAAGGACACCAUACUGCCCAUGAUUAUGGAUUAUAUUGACAGAUGGGAUUAUGAGUUCUCUGAGUCUAAUAGGGUAUGGAGGGAGUAUGGCAGAAGUGGAAGGAUGGAGCCCGAGAAGGGGAUUCCACGAAUGAGUACACUUCUCCAGAGGAGUAGGUGGCUACUUUAUGACCGAGGAUUCAGGAUGAUAAACAUGUUCAGGAGAUAUUGGGGCAAGCCUGACUGGUUCUGGUUUACAGACACAAAGCAUGAUGGCAAGCUAUGGAGCAUGGAGAGAUACACAGCAGAUUGCUUGAAGAGUUUUGGAGGGGUUGAAGGGAUUGCAAGCCAUACACUUUUCGGAGCAACAUAUUUUAGAAGCUUCAGUAAAGUGUUUUGGGAAGAUAUGAGUGUUGAAGGAAACAGAAGACUGACAAACGCACAAAGGAUGGGACUGAGCCAGGUUCCCAAUAGAAGGUUCAUUUUAUGGUGGUCACCAACCAUCAACCGAGGAAAUGUGUAUGUUGGGUAUCAAGUCCAGCUAGACCAAACCGGGGUACUGAUGCAUGGAAAGUUACCUACGCUGAAGAUUUCGUUUAUUCAAAUUUUCCGGAACCAUCUAUGGAGGAGGAUACAUGAGAGUAUUACCGAGGACUUGUGUGGAGUAUUCAAGAAGUACUGUGAUGUUAAAAGAUUAGAAGUGCAUGGAAAGAAGAGUUAUAGAUUUGGAAGUAGCUGUGCAGAUAUUCUUUUAUCGGGCGAUUUUUAUGUACACUCGCCAAUGUCUAUUUCCGAAGAAGCUAGUGGAGAUCCAGUGAGGUGCGAUGGGCUUUGGAUUGAUGUUCAGCUGCGAUGGGGAGACUAUGACAAAAGGGAUUCUCAUAAGUAUGCAAAGGCAAGGUUUAUGGAAUGCACUGGAGACCCACAGACUCGAUAUCCUGCCGAUAAUGGAUUUGUUGUGGUACUUGAUUUGUGUUACAAUACAUGGAGUAGUUAUGGAAACCUGAAUGGAGAGCUGAGGGCUGUAUUGGGAAGGUCUAUGGAAAAGAUUAUAGUGGAGAAUCCCAUGCUCCAUGUACUCCGAGAGAGGCUCAGAAAGGCACUUCAGCUGUAUACUUCUGAUGUCGAGGCUGUUAAUGAUAGUGCAGGCCUGUUCAACUCGGGACUCCUUGUUGACACUAAAGCCUUAUUCAGGAAGGAGAAGACGGUGUUUAUAUUUGAUCCUCAUAGUGGGAAUUUGUAUUUCAAGAGUUAUUAUGGGGAGAGUAAGAAGAUUAGACAGACAAGGUUGUUAGUAGCUAGGGACGUGUUUCUGAUGGGGGAGGAGCUUAACAAAAGAAAUGUUGUUGUGUCUGAAAGUAUGAUAAAUGCAAUGGAGAACCUCAUUAUAGACCACCCAUCCAUAUGUGUCAAGACAUGCCCAUCAAUACCAUUAUUUUCUAAUGUGGCAAAGAUCAAGGAGAUUGGUAUGGAAAAGAAUGUCCGGAGUAUUAAUCUGUAUGAAGGGUGGAAAGAAACGGGUAGAUUCACAAACUUCUGUAGGGUUCUUCUAGUGAUGCAUGGAAUGGAUGUUGAUGAAGCAAAGGUUAAGGAUCUUGGAAUCAAUAGUAUAUGGCCUGAGAUCAGUGAUGACGAGUGGAUAAAGAAGGAAAUCCAGCUAAAGGAUCUCAUAGUUGACAAGUAUUGCAGCAUCCAUGAGAUGGAGCCCUCGAGUCUAUCUCAGAAUGAGAUAAGAGAUAUAGUGUUUGGGUUCCAGGUGAGUGAAGGCGGAGGAGCGGAUGAAGGGGUCAUAGAUGCAAGAGUCAAGAGCAAGAAGGCAUUUAAGGGGUAUGGGAAUGUGUCUUUCAUAGGAAAUGACGGAUGGAGAAAGAGAUACAUGACGUUAGACAGAAUGGUCAAGAGUGGAGAGCUACAAAGGUGGAUUUCGGAUACUGUAAAAGAAGGAUCUUACAAAACAAAGGCUGUGGAUGGAUGUGAAGUUAAAGAAGAAGCUCUAAAAAUCCCGUUAAAUUUGAUUAGAGGAUUCAUGGAGUUGGUAGAUCCUCAUGCCUUGGCCUUUGGGCUGGUGAUUGAAGGAAACCCCAUUUCGAUUGGACUAGUUCCUCAAUUUACGUCGUUGUCGGAGAUCCAUUCUUCGUUGUUUGUUCCAUCUGCUAAUAUUAUCGGAAUAGUGAUGAACGGAAACGACCUAGCGAUUGUAGACAUUUUAUGCGAAAGAUACAAGAUAAUAGAGGGGAUGGCAAUACUGAUAAGUAACAAGAUCAAGGUGAUGAAAAGAGAUGAACGAGAUUGGAAUGAAGUAGAAUUUGCGUUGAGUAUGGACAUAGGGGUUUUUUACACACCUGGGAUGUGGAAUUACAGUUUUGCAAGGCCUUUUUAUGACGAUAGAUUGGAGUAUGUGUGGAAGGUGGGGGCACCACACAGAUUCUAUGAUGGGACUUGUAGAGUUGGACACUUCUCUGAGUUCUGGAAGGAGCAGGGAGUCGAGGAAGAACCACAAGAGAACUAA